CUUUUUAUUUGGACAUCUGCCGAUCUUGUGGAGAAUGGUGAGGAAACGGGAGUUUGUGCACGAUCUCUUCCUGCAGUGGGCAGAGAAGUAUGGACCCAUUGUGCGGCUUAAUGCCUUUCACAGAGUCUCCCUAAUGAUUCUGAGUCCUGAAGGAGUGAAGGAAUUCUUGAUGUCACCACAGUACCCAAAGGAUCGGCUGGUGUAUGGUCGUAUCUUCAAUAUAUUUGGUGAGAGGUUUCUGGGGAAUGGCUUGGUAACUGUUUGCAACCAUGAGCAGUGGCACAAGCAGCGGAAGAUAAUGGAUCCAGCGUUCAGCCGAACCUACCUGAUUGGUCUGAUGGACACUUUUAAUGAAAAAGCAGAGGAGCUGAUGGAAAAGCUAGAGGAAAAGGCAGAUGGAAAACAGGAGUUUAGCAUGCUGACGAUGAUGAACCGGGUGACUAUGGAUAUCAUUGCAAAGGUAGCCUUUGGCUUGGAAUUGAAUGCACUGAGCGACGACCAAACGCCUUUCCCACACGCUGUGACUAUGGUUAUGGAGGGAAUGACCAAGGCUCGCAUCCCCCUCAUACGGUACAUGCCAGGGAAACGGAAGCUGGUAAAAGAGGUCAGGGAGAGUGUGAGGCUGCUGCGGCGCGUGGGGAAGGAGUGCAUUGAUCGGAGGAGAGAGGCCAUCCGGAAUGGGAAGGAAGGCACACUGGAUAUUCUUACACAGAUACUGAAAGGAGAUGCUCUGGAGGAAAGUAGAGAUGAUGAGAACAUUCUGGAUAACUUUAUCACCUUCUUUGUUGCAGGUCAUGAAACCACUGCCAAUCAGUUGUCAUUUACAGUAAUGGCACUGGCUCAGCAUCCUGAAAUACUGGAAAGGCUUCAGGCCGAAGUGGAUGAAGUUCUCGGUGCCAAGAGAGACAUUGACUAUGAGGAUCUUGGCAAACUCACCUACUUAUCACAGGUUUUGAAGGAAUCGCUGCGACUGUACCCACCCGUCCCAGGGACAAUACGCUGGUUGGAGAAGGAGCACAUCCUCAACGGUGUCAGAAUUCCUGCAAACACAGUGCUCGUUUUCAGCACCUAUAUAAUGGGAAGGAUGGAAAAGUAUUUCAAGGAUCCACUCACUUUCAAUCCAGACCGAUUUAGCAAAGAUGCACCUAAGCCGUAUUACUGCUAUUUUCCAUUCUCUCUGGGCCCCCGAUCGUGCAUUGGGCAGGUGUUUGCACAGAUGGAGGCAAAAGUGGUGAUGGCCAAACUACUGCAGAGGUUUGAAUUCCAGCUGGUACCAGGACAGAGUUUUAAACUCCUGGAUGCUGGAACCGUGAGGCCACUAGAUGGAGUGAUAUGUAAAUUAAAGCCAAGGAGCCCUGCAAGAGGCUGCCAAGUGUGA